AUGUACUCCCUUUUCAGUUCGGCUGUCGAACCGCGAACAGCGACAAUCAUCGCCACGACCGUCGUUGCCACGCUCUCCGUCCUCUCCCUUGCCCGGCUCGCACUCUACCCCAAAUGGGGCACCGCCAUUUCCAACCCGCUCAAGACCAAGAUCCCCACGCUCGAGGCCGAUGAGGUCAAGAAACUGCACUACCAUCCGGACUCUUUCCCGGGGGCCCGGGACGUCGAGACACCGUACGGCUCCAUCCGCGUCUACGAAUGGGGCUCCACUACUGGCCCCAAGGUCAUUCUCAUCCACGGCAUCACCACCUCCUGCAUGACCCUUGGCCCCAUCGCCCACGCCCUCGCCGCCCGCGGCUGCCGUGUCAUGCUCUUCGACCUCUUCGGCCGUGGCUUCUCCGACGGCGUCGGCGACCUCCCCCAUGACGCUCGUCUAUACACCACGCAGGUUCUUCUCGCCCUCGCCUCCUCGCCGCUCGCCUGGUCCGGCACGAGCUCCAUCCGGGUCAUAGGCUACUCCCUCGGCGGUGCCAUCGCCGCCUCCUUCGCCGCCGCGUUCCCGCACAUGGUCGAGAGCCUCGUGCUCCUCGCACCCGCGGGUCUCAUCCGCGCCGAGAACUUUGGCGUUCUCGCCCAGCUGACGUUCCAGUCGGGUCUCGUCCCUGAGCGGAUCCUCGCCGCCCUCACGCGCAAGAGGCUGCAGAAGCCGCUGGCGGGCAAGCGCUCAAACGCCGUCGCCGAGGAGGACGACCCGGCGGAGACAUUCGUCGACAUCGCGGCCGCGGAGGUUUCGGGACCCAAGGGCACUGCCGAUGGCGAGGACGUACAGGUGGAGCGGAAGGUGCGCGAGUACGUCCCCUGGAUGGUGGCGCAUCACGAGGGCUUCGUACCGGCGUUCAUGUCGUGCGCGCGGUGGGCGCCGCUGACGGGGCAGCACGAGACGUGGCGCGCGUUGGGGAAGAGGGUGAAGGGGACGACGGCCGUAUUCAUUGGCAGGACGGAUGAGGUCAUCGACGUCGGGCACUAUGUCAGGGACGGGCUGCCGUUGUUGGGUGGCAAGGAGAAUGUGCUGUGGAAGGUGCUUCCUGGCGGUCAUGACUUCGUGAUGACCAAGACAGACUUCAUCAUGCGCGAGUUGGACUCGUUGUGGGGCUUUGAAGGUGCGGUAAUGAGGUAA